AUGCCACUGCCCCAUGGCUGCCUCAAUGGCAGGAUCAUGAAGUGUUUGACUUUCUUUCUUCUGCUUCCAGAGACCUUAAAGAAGUCCAAAAAGAGCGUGAGGUCAAACGGCAAGGUGCCAGCAUGCUAUGAGAUAGUGCCCCUGUCCCUGAAGAAGAAGAUGGCUGCAGAGCUUUACCCUGCCAGCGCUAACACCAAUAUUGCAAACAGUAAUAACGCUGCUGCUGCCACUGUCGCUGCUGCUGCCAAUAGCAAGAAAAACGCCCUUCAGCUUCAGCAGAGUGCCCAGCCGCCGCCACCACCGCAACUGCAAAACCUGAACAACAACAAUUUGGAGAGCUCCAACUGGCAGUCCUUCCACCCCACCCUGCGGGAGAGGAACGCAUUGAUGUUCAAUAACGAACUUAUGGCUGAUGUACAUUUUAUCGUAGGCCCCCUGGGGGCAUCAAAGAAAGUUCCUGCCCAUAAGUAUGUUUUGGCAGUUGGUAGCUCUGUCUUCUAUGCUAUGUUUUAUGGUGAUCUUGCAGAGGUCAGAUCUGAAAUCCAUAUACCAGAUGUGGAACCUGCAGCCUUUCUAAUCUUAUUAAAGUAUAUGUAUAGUGAUGAAAUUGACCUGGAAGCUGACACAGUACUUGCUACUCUGUAUGCUGCCAAGAAGUAUAUCGUCCCAGCCUUAGCAAAGGCUUGCGUCAAUUUUCUGGAGACUAGUUUAGAGGCUAAAAAUGCUUGUGUUCUGCUGUCUCAGAGCAGACUCUUUGAGGAGCCAGAAUUGACGCAGCGCUGCUGGGAAGUAAUUGAUGCUCAAGCAGAAAUGGCAUUGAAGUCAGAAGGCUUCUGUGAAAUUGAUCAACAAACACUAGAGAUCAUUGUAACCAGGGAAGCACUAAACACUAAGGAGGUGGUAGUUUUUGAGGCUGUUCUUAAUUGGGCAGAGGCUGAAUGCAAAAGACAAGGACUACCAAUUACACCAAGGAACAAGAGGAAUGUAUUAGGAAAAGCUUUAUAUUUGGUGCGGAUUCCAACUAUGACUUUGGAGGAGUUUGCCAAUGGAGCUGCUCAAUCUGACAUCCUUACCCUUGAGGAAACGCAUAAUAUAUUCUUAUGGUAUACAGCUGCAAAUAAACCCAAGCUAGAAUUUCCACUGACAAAAAGAAAAGGACUUGUACCUCAAAGAUGCCAUCGAUUUCAAUCCUCCGCAUAUCGUAGUAACCAAUGGAGGUACAGAGGUCGCUGUGACAGUAUCCAAUUUGCUGUAGAUAAAAGGAUAUUCAUAGCCGGACUAGGCUUGUAUGGAUCAAGCUGUGGUAAAGCUGAAUACAGCGUCAAAAUUGAACUUAAGCGUCUAGGAAUUGUUCUUGCUCAAAAUCUGACAAAGUUUACCUCUGAUGGAUCCAGUAAUACUUUCUCUGUGUGGUUUGAACACCCUGUGCAGGUUGAGCAAGACACAUUUUACAACGUAAGUGCCAUUCUUGAUGGCAAUGAACUUAGUUAUUUUGGGCAAGAGGGAAUGACUGAAGUACAAUGUGGAAAAGUAACAUUCCAAUUCCAGUGCUCCUCAGAUAGUACCAAUGGAACUGGAGUACAAGGAGGACAAAUACCUGAACUCAUUUUCUAUGCAUGAUGCAUUUCACUUUGAUUGUAUUCCAGUACUGCUAUUCACACUAAAGGAUGUUUUGAUUACUACAAACCUCUACAGCAGUAUGGAAUGUUACACUACUUACCUAUCUACUACAUCAGGCUAUCAAAAUAAGUGAAGGAAUGCUCUUGAAUUUAAUCUUAUUUUAUUUAUUCAUAAGAUAUUUGACUUAAUUAAAACUGCAACAUGCAGAAAAAUGUUAAAUUCUGCACGUAAUGUGCAUUUAUUUUGUAUAUAGAUAACUAACUUGCAGACUGCAGCUGACGCAAGCAGGAUGUUCUAAAC